UUUUAUGGUUUUGGCAGAAGAGUGUGACUCUGGAUCCAGUUCUUAAAUUUCGUGGGAGCAGCUACUACCUUUUUCCUGCGCUGCGCUGAGACACCACAACGUAGAUAAGAAAGAAUCCAUCCAUCAUUGUUUCUGUUUUGUUGUUUUGUUCUAUUAUCUCAUUCUCACAUAUCACAUAACCAACCAACUAACAGCAUUCUGCCAAUUCCUCCCAAAUAUCUCAUAUCUCACUCCAAUCCAACCCUUUUUGAGAACGCCACAAUUAUUCAUUCAAUCACUUCUCACCCAUUUCAACUUUCUUCACUCUCGCUCCACCCCUUCUCCAAUUCGCUUCAAGGUUUUUCAAUAUGGAGAUCGAUAGAGCAAUCAGAGAGUGUGACGAUCGAAGACUUCAGACCAAGUACAAGAACGCUACCUAUGUUGUUCAGAGAGCUUUGACUCUUUAUUCUAUUGAAGAGGUUGCAUUCAGCUUCAAUGGAGGAAAAGAUUCAACAGUUUUGUUGCACAUACUCAGGGCUGGCUAUUUCUUGCAUAAAAAGGGGCAAAAUAGUGUCAAUGGGGAUUUCCAAGAUUUUCCAAUUCGAACAAUAUAUUUCGAGAGCCCUUGUGCAUUCCCAGAAAUAAACUCAUUUACCUAUGAUACUGCCGCUACAUAUGGUUUGCAAAUCGACACCAUUAGCUUAGAUUUCAAAUCUGGUUUGGAGGCUUUGCUAAAGGAAAAGCCAAUUCGGGCUAUCUUCCUUGGAGUUCGAAUUGGAGACCCCACUGCGGUUGGUCAAGAACAAUUCUCCCCAAGUUCACCUGGGUGGCCACCUUUCAUGAGGGUGAAUCCCAUUUUAGAUUGGUCAUACAGAGAUGUGUGGGCCUUCCUUUUAACUUGCAAGGUGAACUAUUGCAGCCUUUAUGAUCAAGGUUAUACUUCAAUUGGUAGUAUACACGACACAGUUCCCAACUCAUUAUUGUCCGUCAGCAAUUCUUCCUACAAAUUCAAACCUGCAUAUUUACUUGCUGAUGGAAGAUUAGAGAGAGCUGGGAGGGCUAAAAGGCCAUCUUCUACUGGUGGACAACUUCCUGUGGAUAGCAAUGGUUUGACUGGCGUGGAUUCACAUAAAAAUAGCAUGCUCACAGCAUCAAUCAUUGCUGUGGGGGAUGAGAUUUUGUUUGGCAUUGUUGAAGAUCAGUUGGGCCCUUAUUUGUGUAGGAAGCUUCAUUCGAUUGGUUGGUCUGUGUUUAAACUUUCUGUUGUGCACAACAAUAUAGAUUCUGUAGCUGAAGAAGUUGAGCGACAAAAAUCUAAAAGUGAUAUGGUAUUUAUAUAUGGAGGUGUAGGUCCACUGCAUUCAGAUGUUACCAUAGCAGGCAUUGCAAAAGCUUUUGGUGUUCGUUUGGCUCCUGAUGAAGAAUUUGAAGAGUAUCUCAGGCAUAUAAUUGGUGACCAGUGUACUGGCGACAGGAAUGAGAUGGCUCAAUUGCCUGAGGGCAUAACUGAAUUAUGGCAUCAUGACAAAUUGUCUGUGCCCUUGAUCAAGUGCCAAAAUGUAAUAAUUCUUAGUGCAACAAAUGUUUCGGAGCUGGAAAAGCAGUGGGACUGUUGGAUUGAAUUAGCAAAAUCUAGUGACCUACUAGCAUUGCUGGAACCAUAUGUAUCAAAGCACGCGGCAACCAAUUUGUCAGAUGUUGAAAUUGCUCAACCUCUGUCAAAGCUUUGCCUUGAAUUUCCUGAUCUUUAUAUUGGUUGUUACCGCAAAGCCAGAUAUGGAUCUCUUAUUGUUAGCUUCAAAGGAAAGGACCUAGCACGCAUUGAUUCAGCUAUAAAAGCAUUGCACAAGAAGUUUCAACCUGGUGCAUUCAUUGAGAUGAACUAAGAUGAUAUUGUAAAUGUUAUGCUUCGUAUCUUUUGGAUGCCAACAGAAUGAAAACCUUUCAUGGGAUUGAAUCUUAUCAUUCUGAUAUUACUAAGAUGCAUUGGGAUACAGAUGGAGCGGGAAGAAAAUCAAGGGUGCUGCUGUGUUGGUAGAAGAAAGAACAAUGGUACAAGCAGGUGGCUGGAGAUUCAAUUCUAUUGCCAUUCACAGCACUUUUUACUUCUUCAUGGGGGCAUGGACAACCUAUUUAUUAUUGUAGAAUUGUUAUUAAAUUAUCUCAACUUGCAGCAGCAGCUUUUACAAAUAUAAAGUUUUCUUCA